GUGGACCCUUCUGAUAAUCGUUAUCAUAUCGGUAUUUUCAAAAUUAGUCAUCAAAUUACGACAAACCCGUUCAAUGUGGCAAUCUCUGCCGUGUAUGUGUGUGGUUUUAUUUCAACAAAAAAGGAAGUAGUGUGUGAUCUAUCCCGAAAAGUAUUUAUCGAUCAAGUGGCUUUGGUGAUAUUCUGUCUAAAAUUUCCCAAAACUACACACAAAAAACUAGGAGAACAGUGUCUCUCUUUCCACCAAUAAUCUACAUACAAUGAUCGUUUCGAUGAAAGUAAGUCGACCGAUACCGCACCGACAAAUCAAACCAUCCCCCAUAGACUUCGGAUUGCACAGUAGUGGUCUCACAGCGGAUAACCGGCAGUGACCGGUGGAGCAUCUUGGAGUAUUCUUAUGCAUUCAAACCCUUCGUCACUCGAUGUCCACACCUUGAUGGGUGCUUCUCUCUCUCUCUCUCUCUCUCUCUGUGUCUCUCUGUCUCUGUGUGUGUGUGUGUGUAUUUGCGAGAACACGCGCGAUAAGCAGAGCCCCCGUGUGUGAAGCGCUGAUAUCUACGCUCCGGUGGGCGAGUUAUUGCUUAUCUUAUCUGCGCCCACCCUACGUCCCUACGAUGCGGGGUUAGUUUUGGGACAGUCUUAGGCAACUGUACCGAGCCGGCAACUUGCAGUGUCACCGGUGGAAGCGUUUGCGGAAAUUGCACAGCCGCGCCAAGUGUCACCAUCAUCAUCCGCGCGUGAACCAUACGCAAAGCCGGCCCCGUAUUUUCCCAAAGUUUGUUCUCGUUCUCUUCAAGCCAGCCAGGUUGGGAGCAGCUAGAAAGCAAAAGUCACACUCACUAAUCUUCCAUUUGCGUAGAAGACGUACCCACCGAGAGAGAGAGAGAGAGAGAGUGUGUAACUUAGCGCUGUAUACCCUUUUACCGACACACAAGCUCGCGCACGCGCAUCUGUGUGCUUCGGCUGCUGUGGCUGCUGCUGCUGUCCGACGCUCUCGAAGAAAAGGAUCGCUUUGGCGAGUGGAGACGCCGCGUAGGUGCCAUAAGGGCGCGCGCCACGAAAAGGGGAGAAUGGAGAGUGCACUUUAGUGCGUUCGCAGUUGCAGCGUAGCGCAGGCGGCUCAUUCGCUGUUCGCACACGGGCUAAGCUAGAUCGGUGGCAUUGAGCAUUCUCGAGCGGGAUAAGAGCGUGCGCGCGUUCGGCCAACUUCCGGAAUUUUCGUGUGUAUAUUUCGCCGUGUGUGUGUGUGUGUGUGUGUCUGUGGGGGAUCUUUUUUUUUUGGGGGCACAACAGUUGUGCAUAGUGGCCGUGUGCGAUUAGUGUGCUAACACCGACCACCGUGCGCCUGGAGGACCGUGCCAGAUUCGUGGGGAGAGGCGGCGAGUGUGCGUGUCCCUGGUGGUGCUAAUUGUCAGCGGUGCGCGGGUGAUCAUCGCAUCAACAGAAGCCUACAGUGUAGUUACAAAUCAACAAUCAGGUGUCAUAUCGUACCAUCCCACCACCCGCACGGUUCCUAAGUACAGUGCAGCGUUUUGUUGCUCGCUCUCGGUUACAAGUUGGUGGCCCCGUGCUUUGUGCUGUUUUGUGCACGCCGGAAGUGUUUGAUGUGUGUGUGUGUGUGCCUAGAGCUUGAAAGAAAACCUAAACAGCAACCAAAACCCAAAAAAGCACCUACGCGCAAACCGCGUCCAUCAAUCAAACAGUUGCGGAAACGGUACGAUUGCUGCCGGACAGUUUGCUCAAACACUCAACCGCUUAUCUAUCGAAUCCCCGAUCAACCGAUUUUCUGCAGUUACAAAUAGAGAGAAAGAGAGAGAGGGAGAGUGAGAGAGGGAAAGCGGGUAACAAAAGUAUGCGUUUGCGGUGGUGGCGUGGUAGCUAGUAGCAAAGCGGCGAACCUUAUUGUGCGUGUGCUCUUUUGGCGCGUUUUUGUGCAAAGACUCUCUCUCCAACCGAAAAGUGAACACACAUGGUGCAGGAGAUCGAACCGGCCGCCGAGAUGGCCCUGCAGGACGAUGGAGGGGGCGGGCAGACCCACAGCUACCGGCGGUCCUGCUGGAGCGUCCUCUUCUGCCGGAGCAAGGGUAACCGGGUGUCGCAGGAGUCGGACUCGCUCACGGUGAAGGUGGGCUGCGAGGUUCAGGAGAAGAAGCAGCGCUCCCAAACCAACGAAACGAACCGCAUCAAGUCGACCAAGUACACGCUGAUCACCUUCCUGCCGCUCAACCUGUUCGAGCAGUUCCGCCGGAUCGCCAACCUGUACUUCCUCUUCAUGACCGUCAUCUCGAUAGUGAUAGAUAGCCCAGUAUCGCCGAUGACGUCACUGGUGCCGCUAGUGUUUGUGAUAGCGGUGACGGCCGCGAAGCAAGGGUACGAAUGCUUUCUGCGCUACCGGGCCGACAAUAUGGUCAACUUCUCGCCCGUCACGGUGAUCCGGGGCGGCGUGACGGUCGACAUACGCUGCCAGGACAUCCGGCGGGGCGACAUCGUGCUGAUGUCGCGCGACUGCGACAUCCCGUGCGAUGUGGUGCUGCUGCAGAGCUCGGACGAGCACGGCCGGUGCUACGUGACCACCGCCAACCUGGACGGCGAGACGAACCUGAAGACGAUGGCCGCCCCGAAGGGUGUGCCGGUGGUGCCGCCCGACCGGCUGCACACGAUCGGGCGCAUCGAGUACGAGCGGCCGCACACCGACCUGUACAGCUUCAACGGGCGCAUCGAGCUGGCGGACGCGUACGUCGCCGGCGGCGACCAUAGCGUGCUGCCGCUCGCCACGGAAAACCUGCUGCUGCGCGGCAGCCGCAUCCGCAACACCGAGUGGGCGAUCGGGUGUGCCGUCUACACCGGGCAGCAGACGAAGCUCGCCCUCAACAGCCGCAUGACGACGAGCAAGAUGAGCUCGAGCGAGCGGUACGUCAACAAGUAUCUGGUGUUCUUUCUCGUGCUGCUGGUCGUGAUCGUCACGGUGAGCUACUUCCUCAAGCGCUACAACGACGAGUACCGUACCGAGCACAACCAGUACCUCGGCGAGAUGCUGUCCAACUACCGCGUGUCCCAGUUUCUGCAGGACUUCUUCUCCUUUCUGAUACUGUUCAACUACCUGAUACCGAUCUCGCUGUACGUGACGAUCGAGAUGGCCAAGUUUCUCGGCGGCUUCUACCUGGAGUGGGACCCGGACCUGUACGACGAGGAGACGGACCAGCCGUGCAUCGUGAACACGUCCGACAUCAACGAGGAGCUCGGGCAGGUGGCGCUGCUGUUCUCCGACAAGACCGGCACGCUCACGAAGAACAUCAUGAUCUUCCAGCAGUGCUCGAUCGCGGGCCGCAAGUACGAGCAGCAGGGUCGCCGGCUGCUGGAGGCUGGCGAGCGGCGCGCCGCGCUCAAAAUCAACGAGCUGCCGACGCAGGUGAAUGAGUUCUUCCAAGCGCUGGCCGUAUGCCACACGGUACAGGUGGCGGGCGAUUACACGAAAGAGACGGAGGAGGACGCAACCAGCCCGCCCAAGGAGGCGAAGGAGACGGACGUGCUGAUGGAGGAGUCGUUUACCGUGGGGAACGCGCCCGAUCCGCCGCUAGCCGAACAGCCGCCGCAGCCGCCGCCACCGCCGGACGACGAAUCCACUGUACGGAUUAGCCGACGGCCGACCAGUGGCCUGUUCAACGGUUUGAACCGCGUUGCGCCGGCGGCACUAACCCGAUCCACCUCACGUCCACAGAGCCUGGUCGAUGGGCAGACCGAGAGCAGCUUCAUCCUGCCGCACGCGUCCGGCAGCAACGGCAACCUGCAGCUGCCGAUGCAGCAGCUCGAGCUGAAGCGCACCAUCUCGGCGUACGAGGAGAAGCCGGCCCCGCUCGUGCACGACGAGGCGAAGCAGCUCGGCCACCGGCGCACCCAGUCGCACGUACCGAUCGGUGUGAACCGGCCCAAGAGCUACCAGAUCGCGCUGGACAGCCCGACCGGCACCUUCCAGCGGCCGGUGGUGACGCUGCGCCGGAAUAGGGGGUCCUACCUGUCCCGCUCGGUGCGCGAAUCGUACGCCGCGCCCGCCUACAACGAGUCGGCCCUCGUCCAGCGGCAGGAGUCGCAUCUGCGGCAGCGCGAGGUCGACACGUUCAUUCGCAAGAUGGACUACCAGGCCUCGAGCCCGGACGAGAAGGCGCUGGUGGAGGCGUGUGCCCGCAUGGGCCUGGUCUACAUCGGCGACGACGGCGACCAGAUGCAGAUCAGGGUGCGCCGGUCAUGCGUCCGGGCGAACGUCCGCUCGCGGCUGGGCGAAAUCCCGGACGAGGAGCUGAUACAGUACGAGCGGCUGGCCGUGCUCGAGUUCACCUCCGACCGGAAGCGGAUGAGCAUCAUCGUUCGGGACGCGCACGGUCAGAUCUGGCUGUACACGAAGGGAGCGGAGAGCCACGUGCUGCCGCUGUGCGCCCGCACGCCCCUGAUCGAGACGACCCAGCGCCACAUAGACGAGUUUGCAAAGCUGGGGCUCCGCACGCUGGCCGUCGCCCGGCGACGCCUGACCGAGCAGCAGUACCGCGCGUUCCACGAUGAGCUGAUCGAGGCGGGCAGCUCGCUGGUGGACCGGGUGGAGCGGGUCGCCGAAUGUCAGCAGCGCGUCGAGACUGAGCUGGAGCUGCUCGGGGCGACCGCGGUCGAGGACGCGCUGCAGGACGACGUGCAGAGCACGCUGCAGGCGCUCGGCCAGGCCGGCAUCCGGGUGUGGGUACUGACGGGCGAUAAGGUCGAGACGGCCCUGAACAUAGCGCUCAGCUGCGGGCACAUACCGGACGGGGCGGCGCGCUACUUCAUCACCGAAUGCCGCACGGCGGACCAGGUGCAGCAGCAUCUCGACACGCUCGCGCUGGAGAUGUUCCGGCAGCGGGACGUCCCGUUCUCGAUGCUGAUCGAUGGGGCAAGCCUGAAGAUUGCGCUGGAAGCGCACCGGGAGCAGUUUCGGGACGUGAGCGUCCGGUGCCGGGCGGUGCUGUGCUGCCGGCUCAGCCCGCUGCAGAAGAGCGAGGUGGUGCAGCUGAUGAAGACGGUGGAAGGUGCGCCGGUGACGGCCGCGAUCGGGGAUGGGGCGAACGACGUGUCGAUGAUACAGGAGGCGCACGUCGGGCUGGGCAUAGUGGGCCGUGAGGGCCGGCAGGCCGCCCGGUGCGCCGACUACGCGUUCGCCAAGUUUUGCAUGCUGAAGAAGCUGCUGCUCGUGCACGGGCACUACUUCAGCACGCGGCUAGCCGUGCUGGUGCUGUACUUCUUCUAUAAGAACCUGGUGUUUAUGGGCAUCCAGCUGUACUUCCAGAUACACAGCCUCUUCUCCAACCAGUCGGUGUAUGACUCGGUGUUUCUCACGCUCUACAACGUCGUGUACACCGCCAUCCCGGUGCUGGUGCUAGCGCUCACCGAGAAACCGUACCAAGAGCAGACGCUACUUAAAAAUCCCGCCCUGUACCAGAAGGUGGCAGGGAACAAGCAGUACGCGUGGAAGUACUUUAUCGGCUGGAUGGUGCUCGGCAUCUACCACUUUUCGGUGAUCUACUUCUUCUCGUACGCGGUGUGGAUCGAGAAUCCGGCAAUCUACGCGCACUGGCCGGCCACGGCUAGCUUCGCCUGCUACGGUACCAUCCUGAUACACAACGUCGUGGUGCUGGUCAACCUGAAGCUGCUGAUCGAGUCGAUCUACAAAUCGUACGUGUUCAUUGCCACCGUCCUGCUCUCGAUCUUUGCCUUCAUGGGGUCCACCUUCGUGUACAAUCUGCUGAACAUCAACUACGACGGCUCGAUGCUGCAAGUGUACAACAACCUGCUCUCCUCGCUGACGUUCUGGCUGCUCAGCUUUGUGAUACUGAUAGCGGGCUUCCUGCCGGACCUGACGAUGUUCGCGAUCCGCUCGAUCGGCGUGAAGCUUGGGCACAUCUUCCCGGGCGGUGCCAAGUACCGGCGCGCCCUGUUCCAGUGGCGGGGCAGCGAGCUGCAGUCGACCGAUCUUUAGCGCGACCAACCAUCAUCACCGGCAACACAUGACCACACCUCGGUGCACCUUCCGUUCCUUUCCGCGCCUCCACCAUUCCAGUAUGGCAGUAUGACCAGUAUUUUCAACGACUUUCCCCCCUUUUUUUUGAGUGUGUGUAGUUUGAAAGUGGGGCGCUUUUAAAGAUUAAGACAUUUUCCACCAAGUGUGGCAGCAUUAGAUGACUGCAGUAAGCUAGCUUUAAGUUAUUUAACAAUGUUUUUUUUUUCGUUUUUUUUUCUUGCAAACUAUUUAUUAAGCCAGAGCCGAACGCUACAACGAAUGUUUGCGUUAAAAAAGGGCGAAGGAGGGUGCUGCGAACGCGUUUAUGGCGCGACAGGGACGACAAGCAAAACAAACAUAAAAAAAAGAAACAAAAAACAAAAAUAGUGUAUAAAAGCCAUAUUUUAUUCGUUUCCGGCCACGAGCAGCCGCCAUAAAGGGGGGAGGGGGAAUGCAAACCGUGUUUGCAGAGGGCGCUACCAGUUUAUUGGUGCGAAGUUUCGUGGCAGGCAGGUCUGCAAUACGUCUCGUUCGCUGUGUGCCUUGUGCCAACCACUGGUUCGCCGCGAGUGGCGAAGGGGUGCGGGCGAUAGGGAUUGCCCUGAAACGGUUGCACCCAAACCCAGAACAAGCUAGAGGCGACCAUUUGAGUACCAGCAUCGACCAAAAAAGAAAAAAAGAAGCAAAAACACAACAAUACAAAGAAAAGAAACAUAAGUAAACGAUAAACAUAACACGACCUGUUGUGCUAGGUUAUAAACGUAUCGCAAACUCCGUUGAAAGUUGGCAAAACAUACUAAAAAAAGAAGAAGAAGAAGAAGAAGUAGAAGCGAUCGAGAGAGAGAAAAAAGGACCAAAACCGAAAUGGAAGCAAAGUAACGAAAUAAGAAAGGCUAAUAACCGUCGAGUUAAAUUAUGCACCAAAGCUAGAAUUUCGUGUCCGUCCCCGUCGUGUACCGGACGUCCUGCUUGGUUUGGCUGGCUGGCUGGCUGGGCGGGCCGCUGGUGCUUUUCUUUUUAUUUGCGUGUUAUAUUUUUACAUCCACCCCCCCCCCCCCCCCAACCUCCGGAGGAGGAGGCAGCAGCGCCCAACGCUUUCCAUUCGUUAAUAUUCGUUCGGCACAAAAUAUGCCAUUUUUUAAAUCCCCGGCUAAAGGCAAACCCGCGGGGACCAUUUGUGGGGUUUGGGAAUGGGAGGCGGGGGGGCUUUAAGUGUGAGCCACCGGUUGAGCUCGCAGUGCCGCCGCCUCGCCUUCCUGCCCAUCCCGCGCAGGAUGCUGCAGCGUCGCUGGUAACGAUGGUUUACCAUCUUCCGAUUUUUUAAGGGGGCCGCGCCAUAAAGUAUGUACAUUAAGAGGAUUUUUAUAAGAAUAUACAGUGAGUGAGUGAGUGAUUUACGAGCGGCGGAUUUACCGUUGCACUGCGGCCGCCCCUCGUGGAGCAGGUGCUGGAGUGCAGGAGGUUAUUGCCUUUAACUCGCGAUAGACAAUAUAAGUAUGUACGGUAGAAUUGUUUUUUAUAAAGCAAACCAACAACAACAAACAAAACAAACAAAAAAACCCAAAUACAGAAACGACCAAGCCCAAGACAAACGAUUCGACUGUACCCAAAGGGUAGCGUUAAGAUAAACUUCAGUGUCUUGCUAUAAAAUGGUGAUGCUAUUUUUUUUUUACACAAAUAAAACACGUUUCGAAACUAUA